AUGGGGGGCUGCCAAUCCAGUCCAAAUUGCGCUGAUCCAGCUUACCAGAAGGUCGCUGCCACGCCAUCCACUGCUGCGGCCCAGCCCCUGGCUAGCGAUGGCACAGGGGAGGAUCUUGCAGGGUCCCUGCCCAUUGAAACGACGCUGGAAUCUUUCGUUUGGGUCGAGGAAGACAUGCCGGAGGUUGGCGGUGAUUUCCCAGCUGCUGACAAGCCAAUGCAGCAUCUCAUCCAUCAGGAAAAGGAAAUCUUCCAACUCGGCCGGACUCAGGAGUACGACGAAACCCUCAGCACGACGGAGUCUUCUACAGAGAUGCCCUGGAUGCAUUUCUUGGUGUUGUGGGCAUGCUGCAGCCUGGCGUCUGGAACUUUGUCGAGCCAGUCCGUCUUCGUGGAGAUUCUGGCAGAAGCUGGAGUGUUCCACUCCGUUUGCGAGCACUUCGCCUAUGAGUGUGCAGAUCAGAUUUCCGCUCUGACGUCUGUCUUCGGGGUCUGCCAAUCCAUCGCCUACGGAUUCUCGGCACCCAUCGGUCUCAUGUAUGAUCUCUGGGGCGCGAAGAAGACGGGAACGACGGGAGCGCUGAUCUCCGCAGUGGGGUUUCUUCUGGCCUGUGGAUCUGUCUUCGGUGCUGCAUCCGGACAUGAUGAGAUUGCUUGUAAUUUAUUGGCACCGGGCGUUUUGCUUUGUGACUUCGGUUCUCUGCUUUUCAGCUUCUCUCUCGUUGGUUUUGUCUGGCACAUCCCACAUCGGCAGACUCUGCUUAUUGCCCUCAUCAGCUCGACGUAUCAAGCAUCUGCUGCACUGCCGAUGCUCCUGCAAGCCGGCAUCAAGUGGUUAGAGCUGCCCCUGCACUUCAUGAUGCUCGCUUGGGCGGCCGCAGUUUUUGCAGCUGCGGGCGUUUGCUCUGUCGGGCUCCCUACGCAGAUCGAGUUCCUCGAGCAGGCGAAACAUGUUCUUGGAGUGCCGCUGCCGAAGCCUGGUGGCACCAGAGUGCCCCAGAUGAUCUCGCGUGCUGUCGGGAUUGUCCGCGUUCAUCUCGCAGAUCAUGUUGUUUCUGGUCUUGCCUUAGCUUCAGCGCUCGUGCUGCCUGCGCUUUAUUCCUCUGUGGCGGCUCCGUAUGGAGAGCUGCUGUUUGGCCAUAAAUCUGAUGGCAAGAUGCUGGUGGAGAUCAACGUUGUGGGCGGCGCAGUCGCCGGUCUUGUCCUGGCUCCCGUGGCUGGUAUGCUUGCGGACGGCUUUGGCCUGGAGGCCUUCACCGUCCUUCUCGCAGCCUCGGCAUUGGUGGCUUCGGUCACGGUCGGCAUCGCAUCCUGGCCAGCUCAAGCCCUGUGCACGUCAUCGGCAGUUUUGUUUACAAGCUGCUUAUCAAUCUACGUCUGGCGCUACACGCUGCUGUACGCGCCGCCCAGUCGCUUUGGUACUGUUCAGGGCAUCUUUUCAACAGCCGUGAUCUUCAUCAGUACACCGCUUUCGGUUGCUGGAAUGGCCGCCAUCUCCUUACGACCUCCAGGCCUGAACGAGUAUCGAGUCUCGAUGCUCGCCUGUGGGCUGAUGGGCACAGUGCUUAUGGCACACUAUGUCGCAUAUGCCAGGCGCUACCCGCCACCGGACUGUCCUACCAUGUUGCCCGAGGACGAGGCCAUGCUGGCAAAGAGCUUUGGCUGCGGAAAUUUAGACGAGGUUUGUGAAGUGACUCGAGUGAGAAGAAAAUCCAUCCUCAUCAAGAAGAUGGGGUCGAACCGCUCGGAGGACUUGCUCAGCCUCCUCGCGGGCAUGGACGUUCACAAGUUGAUGGAGAUGAUGGCGAAGCGGCCAGUUGAAGACAUCGCUGCGAUGAUGGAAGAGGAGGAUUCUGUUUUUCAACAGGAAGUGGAGGAGAAGCACUUUGGGCCUGAGGCGACGUCGGUGGCAGAGUCCAUCAGCGUGGUGGAGCCACAGGCGGGCGUCCGGGAUCGAGCGCGGUACCUGGCCAGGCUCGUGGCCGCCGCUGAUGCUCAGGCCGUGAGAGAAUAUUUGCUGACGGAACCGCUGGAAGACAUAUGGCGAGUGUGGCUUGACUUCGAGAAGUGGCAAGCACCGCCCGAGCGCAGAAAGAUGGCCAAGGACUUCAACAACGUCAUUCCGAGCAAGGACCUGGCCGACAUCCUUCGUCGGCGUCCAGACCUCAAAACGUUCGUGCAGAGCGUCAUUGUACAAGCCGUGGAGAGAAAGAUCGCGACUCUGCGAGGCAAACAGAAGUGA